GACAGGAUUAAUAAAGCCUUAAUGUAAGUAAUUAAGACCCAAUGGGUCACUCAAUUUUUAGGGAUUAUGUUUUAAUUGCUAAAAAAACGGAAUCAUGUUUUAGGGAUUAUUAGGUCUCUCUUUUCCAAAUCCGCCAUGAAAAAGCUGAAGCUGAAGCAGCUCGCUUCAGAUGAUGAUGAUCGUCUCAAUCUCACCAUUUCAAAAUGCAACACAUGUAUACCUUCUUCUUAUUCACUCUCCGAUUCGAUCCCACCCGAUGUCUUUACGGAAAUCAUUUCGAGACUGCCAGCAAAAUCAAUCCCCAACUGUCGCCGCGUGUCGAAAUCGUGGGCGGCCACACUCCGCAGCUCCGAUUUCGACGAGCUGUUCUUAACCAAGUCACCGAACCAGCCUCUGAUUCUCUUCGCUUUCAUGAUUGAAGCCCGGUUACCUUUCUUCACUUCACCUCAAGAUCAUCACGAGGACUACUCGUCUCUCGAAGCCACUCGUCACCAUACUUAUCUACAAAUCGAUCGUUUCUCUAAGAUCACUCCACCUGUUCGUGGAUUGGUCUGUAUCGAAGAUAAGAGAAAGAUGCUUGUGAUUUGCAAUCCAAUCACAGGUGAAUCUGUUACUUUACCUAAACCGGAAUCGAAUCUGAUUUGGUCUAGAACCGUUUUGGGAUAUGAGCCGGUUGAGAAACAAUUCAAGGUUCGAGAAGUUGAGCUUUAUCCACAAACCUAAAGGGAUGAGACAGAUUCAGUUUGAUUCGAGAUUGGUUAACCACAAGGGUCGAUUGGGUGUGAUUCAGUGUUCUAACUCCGGGAAAAUUAGUGGAAGCACUACUAAAAGUUUUGAUUUGUGGAUUCUUGAGGAUGCCAAGAAACAUGUAUGGACGAAACGUAUCUAUAUAUUACCUAUUCGAUGGAGGAAAAUGGUUGGAAACACCAAGCUGCGCGUUCUUGGAAUGAUUGGUACAUGUGAGAUUCUGUUGUCGCCGUAUGAAUUAUGUGACCCUUAUUAUCUUGUCUAUUACAAUAUUGAGAUGAACAUUGUUAGAAAAGUUGAAAUCCGAGGAUUUGGAUCGUUUAAGA